AUAAACAGUACAGAUAAACUACAAAUGCCAGCCAUUGCCCUGUACUGUUAGCUAAGUCAUAAAGACAGCAUGUUUUUAUUCCAUUUUAUAGUCAUCCAUUCUCUCAUCCUCUUUCUUCCUAUUAACAGUAGUACUAUCUUCUUCAGACGAUUCUAUUUCCCGGCCUAGCUCUUUGCCUGCUCACGCAGCUAGCUAGCUAGCUAGCCCUACCCUCCUCAAAAAGUUCGUCAAUAUUCACGUACCGAUCUCAAUUAUUUCUGAUAUCAUCUCGGCCUUGUGCAAUGAACAUGAUGACAACCAAGAAGAUGAAAGGCUUCAUGUGCCAGUCUCCGGCUGCAACUGCGGUACUGUGCAUGACCGACGAUUCUCGCUCGGUGAUUGUGCCCAGAAAGUCUGAUCAGAGAAUUCUUAGUACUUUUGAUAACAAACGGUACUUACUCAACAAUGGCGACUACUCUAGGUUCGUUGAGUCCCCUAAUUAUAAUAAGAGAUCGGAUAUUUCUGUGCCUCGCCUCAAAAGAGAAUAUCAAGAUACGGACCUUGAUCAGCAAAGGCCAGCUCAUGAUCUCCAGAUGAAACCAUCUUCAGUACUUCCAUCCUCAGAUAAUGUCUUCCAGGUUGUUGUGAUGCGGGUAUCAAUUCAUUGUCAAGGCUGUGCUGGCAAACUCAAGAGGCAUCUGUCCAAAAUGGAAGGAGUUACAUCAUUCAGUAUAGAGCUAGAGACAAAGAGGGUGACGGUGAUGGGACACGUUUCACCGGCCGGAGUUCUGGAGAGCAUUUCAAAGGUGAAGAAGGCGGAGUUUUGGCCCUCCCUAGCUACUACCUAACUGUUGAAUCAUCGAUCCAUCCAUCGAUUACCUCAAAUGGCUAGCUAGCUGGAUCGAUCGGAGGAGUAGUUUAAUUAAUUGCACAGUUCAAAGUCUGAAACGCUAUAUAUCAUUUUCGUUCACCAUCUUCGCUUUUUGCUUUUAGGUCUCCAUCUGUUAAAUUUGGUCACCAUGUUCUUGGUAGAACAGACAGUACGUACGUACUGGAAAAGGCCAGUUGGCAUGCAUGCAGAAAUUCGACAUAUGUUCAGUUUUAGUUCAUGUCUUGAUCACCGUGACAUGAUUUAUGCAAUAUCAUGUGCCGGUUAUGACAAA